CCAUUCUGUGUUCCGCAAAUAAUAAAAAGGCCAAAAGCUAUAACGCAAAAGGAUAUAGCUAUUUUGCGAGAUUCUAGCUUAAAUCCAAAACGAGAGUGCAUCCUUGAAGCGAGUGUUUUUUGUGUGUGAGUUGAGUGUUGUAUGACGUGAAUAAAGGACCUUUUAGCUGAAAAAAAAGAACAAAUUCUAAAAAACAUUAAUCAAUUCGGUGAAUGAUUGGAUAGAAUAAGUGAAGUGAUAUGAAGAUGGAAACCAGUCGUAUAUGUUACAUUGACAUCCCAUCGGGACCAGGGAGCAAUCGCUCACUAUCCCCGAUGACUCCGUCACCACGUUUCGAACGUAAUUUGGGCUUCUUUCACGCCCUAAGUCGGCGAUUUGGAUUGCGUUCCCAUGACGACCUUAUCUAUCAUGGUGAAGAUGAUUCUCGCAGCUCAUCCACCGAUUCGUGUUCCUCGACAACCGGCGCUUUACCAAGUCCAGUGCCAACCAAAGAUGUUCAUGGCUCAAAUAUGGAGCUGUCGUGUGCGUCAAGCGAUUGUAGCAGUACUGUGGACGAUAGUGAGAAGACCGUUCGUUCUACCUCACGUCUCCAUCGACGUUCAACAUCGUCGAUUCGACGGGCAUUCGAAAAUAUGUCCAUUUCAUCGCGAUCUUUAUCAUGCAGUGGAACUUCGUCGAAGGAGUCCCAUCAAAAGCCAACGAAGAAAACUACCACAAAACCACCUCAAAGGAUACUCCGACAGCCUGUGACUUAUACAUAUCUUAAGGGAAUGUCAGGACUGCCCACUCAACGUGUUCCACGAAGUGCCGUAUGCUGCCAUUAUGCCCACCGGUAAGGGUCAAUCAUCAUCAUCGUAACACACAUAUUCUUCGACAAACAAACAAACAAAAAAAAGGUAUUUUCUAUUCGAAAGCUGUAAAAAUAAAUAAGAAUAUUCUUUGCUUUUAUUUUAUUGAUUUUUUCCUCAAAACAAAGUGCACCCCGAAUUUACUUAAAAGUAGACAAAAAAAAAAUAAAUUUUUAAUAUAAAAUUAACAAAUUUUUCACUCCCA